GUUUGAAGCUGUGUUGAGAGAAACAUUUGAGGCCAUUCAAUCUACAAUUAUAAGGCAUGAAAGCUAUGAACUAAUACUUGUCAAUUCAGUUUCUAUUAGCUCAAACAAUUAAAAAAAAAAAACUCCUGUUUACGGAGGACUCAUUUCAGCCCCACAACCUCAAUCAAGCACCUUUAAAGCCAUCUUCAGCACUUCUAACUUCAACCCGUGUUCCCUCACUAAACUUCUCCCCAAUCCUUGAAUUGUUAGGUUCCAACUUUUCUUCAGUCAACAAAUUGAUAGACUCCAACUUCUUUUCAGAUAUUGACUGAUUAGAAUCCAGUUUUAUCUCCUCAGCCACUCCAUUGUCUGACUUCAUGCCUUUUGUUGUGUGCAGUUUAAGAAGUUAAUGGAUGAGGACACAAACUCCACAAGACAUCAGGAAUUGCAGCCCAGCGGGGAAUAAAGAUGUGAAACCAAGCGGCAUCCUUUGAAGAAUGUUUCCCAAAAGAGAUUAUCUUCCCACAAAAUCCCACUAUUUUCAUAAACUAACUUAACCCUUUCCCGCUAGCUCAAAACUCACUGAAACUAAUUACAACUAGGAGAGAAAGAACAUGGACUCUAGAUCACUCAGAAAGUAUGUAUCCAUCAUGAAUGCAAGUCUGCAUUAUAAGCUUAUAGCAUCAGACAGCAACCCCCAUGAAAACACUGAAGUAGUAUAAAUAACAAGUACAAAAUUUGUCACUUCAUCACCAUCCAAUUCAGUUAUUUUAUUAAUCAAACUUCAUAUCCCCAUUAUAACAUCCUUAACCAAGGCAAAUUGUACAUAACUUCUACAUGGCCAUGUAUGGGGAAGAGUAAAGAAGCAAAUGAAAGAAGUAUAUCAUCACUCAUUAGAAAUGGUUGCAAAACACAUAAUUUAACACCACAAAAAGGAAAAACUUAAUGUCAGAAGUAUCUGCGGUGGAGAAAAAAUUAAAAUCAUCAUCACAAACAUGAUAGUUCAAAGAAACUUUCCAAAUAUUCCAAAAGCUUAACCAUGUACUAUAAAUCUUUUGAAUUGAAGCACAAGGAAUUAGAAAGGAAGAAUCUACUCAGUUCCAAUAGAAUCACAAGGCGGAGAAACAUAAAAGUGAAAGAAAUAAAGUUUGCUCAUUCUAUUCAGAGGAGCAUAUUAAGAAAAGUUCUAAUGAUAAAUCAUACAGAGACACAUUUUCUAAAUGUUUUUAACAAAAGCAAAAUAACAAAAUAGUCAACAAACACUUAUCAAAGACUCUUGGCAACUUAAAUUGGCAAAGAAGCAUUUCUUACAUGCUAUACACUAGUCAUUCCUCAAAAACAAAUGGAAACAAGUUUAUUAAUGCAACAUUAAGUGCUUUCAAUCACAAAGACACGUGAUGUAAGUAACUUUUUGAACUUAACAGAAGCUUUAAAGGUUAAGAAUUUAGUACAUUAUCAUAAUUUUUCAUUUAGUACAAGGCAUUUUUGGCCCACAUGUAGUCAGAGGAGUUGAUUGAAUCAAUUUUUUGAAUAAAUACUUAUACAAGGCUUCACUCAAACAAUGAGCAUACAGGGGCAACAUUACCCAAUUAAUUUCCUAUUAAGAAUUCACAUGGGGUUUUUUAUUCCUGGUAACCCAGUAACAUAAUUGAUUGUAUAUAUAAAGGAAAGAAGCAGAACAAAGCAAAUUCCUUUAUUAAAUCCUUUAUUAACCC